GGAACCCGGAAGAGGCCACAUCUUUUCUCGAGUGGAACCCAGCCAAGUUGUUUCUGGAGUAAGAACAUGGAGACGUCAGCUCAAAAAGAAGAACAAGAACAUUCCACCUUUGUCAAAAUAAUCUCUGCUGCUUUUUACGCUGUUAAUUCGCUUUUCAUCACGGUCGUAAACAAAACAGUAUUGACGAGCUUCAGGUUUCCGUCCUAUAUGUGCCUAGGAGUGGGCCAGAUGCUUACCACCAUUGUUGUCCUCUAUGUGGGUAAAAGGAACAAAAAAGUCAACUAUGAAGAUUUUCACAGAGGGGUUAUCUGGAAAAUUUUCCCUCUUCCUUUACUGUACAUGGCCAAUCACAUCACAGGACUGGCAAGCACCCAAAAACUCAGCUUACCCAUGUUAACAGUUUUGCGGAAAUUCACAAUAGUGAUGACAAUGACCAUGGAAGGGUACAUAUUAAGAAAAACAUUUCCUAGAAGCCUUGUGUACAGUGUUGUGACCAUGGUCCUGGGUGCUGUCAUAGCUGCAAGUUCAGACUUGGCCUUUGAUGUGGAAGGUUACACUUUCGUCUUGCUCAAUGACGUCUUCACCGCAGCCAACGGUGUUUACACCAAGAAGAAAAUUGGCACAGAGGGCCUUGGGAAAUAUGGCGUCUUGUUUUACAAUGCACUUAUUAUUGUGGUACCCACUCUCUUGGCAAGUGCAUUCACUGGAGACUUACACAAGGCUGUCGCAUUUGAAGCCUGGGUUGAAGCCACCUUUGUGAUCUGUUUCCUGCUGUCCUGCAUCAUGGGGUUCAUGCUUAUGUACUCCAUCGUCUUGUGCAGCCAUUAUAAUUCCGCGCUCACUACCACAGUCGUGGGUGCAGUCAAGAAUGUUGGAGUUGCCCUCAUCGGCAUCUUUGUGGGCGGGGACUACCGCUUCUCUUGGAAUAACUUCCUGGGCCUCAGCAUUUGUCUGUCAGGUGGACUUGCUUACUCAUACCUAACAUUUAGCACCAAAACAUCGCAAAGGACCACUGAAACGUCACAAGAGCUGAAGAUUGACUUUGCAGAAGACCCCCCCAUUCAAAACAAGUAACUAAUACUAUAUGCCAGAGGUAGGGAACCUAUGGCUCGGGAGCCAGGUAGGGCUCUUUUGAUGACUGUAUCUGGCUCUCAAGCAUUUCUUACCACAAUAAAAAUGUAUUUUUGCUAACAUUUUAAAGUAAACAUCACAGAAAUCACUGUUAAAAAUAAUAUUAAAAAUCAAAACUUUCUUAUGCA